CAACCAAACAAAAACUAUUGUUCUUUUAACAAAAACACCGAGUAAUCGAAUUGGAGCCAAAACGGUGGCCUUCGAUAAUUCCCCCUCCUUCUCCGUCGAUGGCUCCUACGCUCACUUCCAAUUCCUUCAUUCUAACCCCUUCGCCGCACUCCUCCAGGCUAAUUCUCAAGAACACGCGGCUCACAAUCUUUGCCAAGCAGGCCGGCCCUUUCCCUUCGCUGCGCUUCGGCAAGAGCAACGAUUCCUCCGCCGGAGAGCCCCAGCCAGAUGAUUCAGCUAACGGCAAUCCUUUUCGUUUUGACUUUGGGAAGAUCCCGGACGUCAAGUCUUUGAUCCCGGCCGUGAGUAAUCCCUCUUCCGGCUUGUCAAGGCGGAAGGACCCCAGCACAGUGUUCGUCGCCGGCGCAACCGGGCAGGCUGGUAUUCGCAUUGCACAAACUUUGCUGCGUCAGGGUUUCAGUGUCAGGGCUGGUGUUCCCGAGCUUGGUUCUGCCCAAGAGUUGGCUCGUCUUGCUGCCAAAUACAAGAUCAUAUCCAACGAAGAUUUGAAACGCCUCAACGCCGUUGAAUCCACCUUCCAAGGUGCUGAAUCAAUCGCCAAGGCAAUCGGGAAUGCCAGCAAGGUCGUCGUCACGAUCGGCCCCGCAGAAAACGGUCCCACAUCCGUGGUGUCCACAUCGGACGCCUUGCAAGUGAUCAAUGCUGCCCAGUUGGCUGGAGUUGGCCAUGUGGCCAUCAUCUAUGAUGGGAACCCGGCAGGCGCAUCCACUUACAAUGUACUGGAUGGCAUCUCCUCGUUCUUUGGCAACCUCUUCUCAGGAUCACAGCCGUUGAGUGUUCCCGAGUUUUUGCAAAAAGUAGUGGAAACGGACGUCGGCUACACUUUCAUAAAGACGAAUUUGACCGAGGACUUUUCGCCUGAGAGUUCGUAUAAUGUUGUGGUGUCAGCCGAAAGAAGCCCAGGUGCAAACGACUACAAAGUAGCCAAGUCUAAGAUAGCAUCUCUAGUGGCCGAUGUUUUCUCUAACACAGCAGUGGCAGAAAAUAAGGUUGUGGAAGUGUUUACGAAUCCUUCAGCCCCAUCAAGGCGUGUAGUUGAGCUUUUCAGUGCCAUUCCUGAGGAUGGAAGAAGAAAAGCUUAUGCAGAAUCGCGUGCAAAGGCCAAAGCAGAGGAAGAGGCACUGGAAGCAGCUGAGAAAGCUCGCGCAGCCGCUGAAGCAACCAAGAAACUGGAAAAAGAGGUGAAGAAGCUGUCGGAGCAAGAGGCUCGAGCUACUAGUCUAGCCGAAGAAGCUCAAGAGAAGGCGGAGGUCGCCGGAGCUUCGGUGGAGACCCUUUUGAACAAAGCCAAAGACUUCGGCUCAGGGCUGUCUUGGGAAAAGCUUAGUUCCCAGGUCUCAACUGCAGUUCAAAAUUCUGCAGAGAAACCGAAAGUGCAGGUUGCAACUGUCAGAGGACAGGCCAAGGCACGGUCUUUGCAACCAAAGAAUGCUGUUGUUAAUAAACAACCAAGCUUCAAGCUUCCUUCUUUCAAACCAAAGGAGGAGCCAUUGCAACCAAAGAAUGCUGUAGUUAAUAAACAACCAAGCUUCAAGCUUCCUUCUUUCAAACCAAAGGAGGAGCCAUUGCAACCAAAGAAUGCUGUUGUUAAUAAACAACCAAGCUUCAAGCUUCCUUCUUUCAAACCAAAGGAGGAGCCAAAGCCAAAGCCAAAAGGCAAACAACAGACAGAGGAGAAGCCAGAAGUCAGGAAGGUGUUUGGCGGGCUGUUUUCACAAGAAACUAUAUAUGUUGAUGAUGAGUGAUGAUCAUGAGAUGAUAAUUUGUGACCCCUGUCUUCUCUUUGAGGCACUUUUGCUGCAGAUCAUGUGGUGUAAUAUUUGUAGUUUUAUUAUUGUUGAGAGGUGGUUUUAUGAGUUUCAGCAAGAAGCAUUUACUGGUUUAAGGCCUACAUUAGACUUCUUUAAUCUUGUUGAGUGCUGCAUUUGCCCCCCAGUUCUGUCUCCCUUCUGUGUUUAUUAUAAUGAAAUUGCUGAUUUCUUUGGUUUCUCUUU